ACCAACGGCAUGGAAUCGCCUUCGGGACGAUCUUUGCCUCAAUCCCGUCACGCUUGGCAUUGACACUCUUGAGAAUUCCCUACUGCUGGAAUCUGCCACAGCUGCUGUUGGGUUUGCCUCUGGGUUUGGGUUUUGGCUCGCGGCUCUGUGUUCGGAAGGACUCAAUUUGGUGGCGUGGCCAGUCCAUGGCUUAAUCCCGAAUUCGUUAGUCUCCCUUGCGAGAGAGGACUUUCCAAGGGUUGGGAGUUGCAAUGCAAUCCAUGGCAUGCGCGAGGUCGCUUGUGUACCAUGUGGGUGUCGUGGGAGGAUGCCCGCGUCGCGAGACGGGAAGCGCCAGGAAUUUGAGGGGUUGUGGAAUUUGGAAUGGUGGUGGGAUUAUGUGGAAGGCUGUGGAGCAGGACAAGGAGACGGGUGUUUCGAGUCGGCGACAAAUUGUUGCGCAGAGUGCCAGUGGGAGAGGUAGAGGAGACAGGAAUUGGGGUCCACAACGAAAAGGCCCGGGUACUGUGUCGAGAGAUAAUGGAAGAAAGGAAGACGGGACGUAUGGACGUGAGUAUGAUUUUAAGGAGAGUGGGGGAGACGGGGUAGAGAGCUUUGGUAGGGGGCGGGGGCGAGGUCGAGGCGCAGGACGUGGUUACAGAGGUAGGGGUAGUGCGAGAUAUGGCGACCAGAAUUCUUCUUACAGUGACAGAAGGAAGGGUUCUGCGGGAAGUGGGCGAGGGUACAGGGGCUCAGGGCAUAGCAGUGCGAGAGGCAGCGGUAGACGAGGUGGAAGAUAUGAUGCGCUCCGCGAGGCAGCUGACAAGAGGAUGCACCGCGAUGCAUUUGAGGUGGUGGAUGAGGAGACGGGGGAGAAAGUUGUGGUGUGGGGGAUUGAGGACGAAGAUUGCAUGCCACGACAGGAAGACUUGAAAUGGAAGCCUACCACCAUAGUGGCUGCAGGAGAUGUGUCGGAGGAGAGCUGGUACAAGGCUAUGGAGGCCUCCAUGGAUGGUCCCUCUGGUGCUUUCAGUAUCAAAGGCGUGCGGCAAGGAGGGGCUUACGCUGACGAGGAUGACGACGACGAUGUGGAGGACGAUGUUUAUGAAUCAGAUUAUGACGAUGACGACGACGAUGAGGAGGACGACGAAUUCGGUAAUGAGCUUACUGCGAACUUGGUUGAAGAACCUGAAGUGGUUAAACCUGUGAGAUCUGCGAGAAUCAGGGUAUUUGGUCGAGAUUACAAGCAGAAGGACAGUGUGGUGUCUGAAAGUUCAGAGGGAUCGCACUCUGGGCGACAUUCGGUGACUUCUCUUGAUGGAGCUGUGGGUAAUAAAUCUCACCAACUCCCAAUGAACGGCGUCAACAACAGCCAAGUUUUGAGCAGCGACGUUGAUCAAUCUUGGCCCCUUGCUGGUCAGCUUGUAACUGGGAAGACGGAAGAUGGUUACGACAGUACUGUUCCAAGUAGCAGCAACGGAGCUGGAAGAAAGUCUCAAAGAAGUUCCUUGUCUGAGUUCAGUUCUGUGGACAGUGUACAUUCUGAAGAGGAUGCUGAUCAGCAAUGGCCACCAGUCGGAACCCUUUUCUCUGCAGGCUCGAGUGACUCGUCUCCUUCUGAAGCAUCUGAUGAGGACGUCAGCGUCCGUGGUGACGAGAGUAGUUCUUCCGCCGGAGGAAAUGGUGAAUCGCUGGGUUGGCCACCAGCAGGGUUGGUUGGCAAGGGUGGGGUCUCAUCAGACGAGGUGAGCGAGGCAAGCUUUGAGAGCGAGUCCACAAACGAGAGGAGUCAACGAAGUGUUUGGAAGGACGUAAAGAAAGUUGUGAGGGAGGAGGAGUGGGUGCAAGGGGGUAUGAACCCUGGGAUCAUAGAUGUUGACGAUGAUGGUGAUGACGAGUACGAAAGUAGAAGAGUUGCAGACCGGAAAUCCGGUGAGUCCGUCCCCGUGCGGUCCAGUCUGUUGGAUGAGCUGAGGUUGCAAACGCAGCGGAAGCUGGCAAGUAAAACUGUGAACGAGGACGUGGAAAAAGUUGCGAGAAACAAAGAGAUGAGCAGGGCACAAGCGGGUGGGAGAAGUGAGGAGGAGUCGAGUAACGUGACGGUGGUGAAACCACGGGGGUUCAGGGAUUUGAAGGCACGGAGCAACUAUGAUUCGAGCUUGGCUGCAGAGUUCUUCAGUACGAAAUCGUUGAAGGGGUUGGGUGCUUCGGAGGAGGUGAUAGGUGCUCUAUCGGUGCUUCAAAUAAGGAAACCGUCUGCAAUACAGGCCAUGGCAUUCAAGCCAAUAUUGGACGGACAGAGCUGCAUUGUUGCCGAUCAAACAGGAUCAGGAAAAACCCUUGCGUACUUAGCCCCACUCGUUCAGAAGUUGCGUGCAGAGGAGGAAAAAGGUGGCUCGAAGCAGCUGAAUAAGAAGCCUAGGGUCCUCGUGUUGGCGCCUACCAGUGAGCUUGCAGUUCAGAUACUCAAUGUUUGCCGAGCGUUUUCAAGAGGCGGAGCCCCCUUCAGGUCCCUCGUCCUGACAGGUGGAUUCAAAUGGAAGACUCAAGUAGAAAGCCUGGCACAAGGAGCUGACGUAGUGAUUGCUACUCCUGGCCGUUUCCUUCAACACCUCGAAAAGGGUUCCCUCAAGCUGGACAAUCUUACAACCGUAGUGUUGGACGAAGUAGACAUUCUGUAUGAUGACCAAGAGUUUACAGCAGUUCUGCAAACAUUGGAGCAAGCAGCAUCACGGCGUGUGCAGUAUGUGCAUGUGACAGCGACUCUUCCUCUCGAUAUUCAUGAUAGCCUUCUCACAAGAUACCCCGAUGCCAUCCCAUUGAUGGGACCAACUUUGCAUCGUACAGCUGUUGGCCUUCAGGAGGUGCUAGUGGAUUGUAGUCAAGCGGAUGGAGAAGAGAAGACACCUGAAAAGGCCUUCUUAAGCAAGAAAGCAGCGCUCUUGCAACUAGUAGAUCAAAGACCCGUCUCAAAAACCAUAAUCUUCUGCAACAAGAUUGAGACAUGCAGAGACGUAGAGAAUGCCCUCUACCGGCAUGACCGCAAUGGCACCAAGCUCACGGUGCUUCCAUACCAUGCAGCCCUUUCGCAAGAGGCGAGGCUUGAAAGCAUGCAGCAGUUUCUGGAAUCACAACCUAGCAAGAGUCUAUUUCUUGUUUGCACUGACAGAGCAUCUAGGGGAUUGGACUCCUUCGACGUAGAGCAUGUGAUACUUUUCGACUUUCCUCGUGAUCCAAGUGAGUACGUAAGACGAGUCGGGAGGACUGCCCGAGGUGCGGGAGGCACAGGGAAGGUAUUCGUUUUCGCCCUUGGGAAGCAAGUCGCUAUGGCAAGACGUAUCAUGGCUCGAAACGAGAAAGGACGUCCAAUUCACGAUAUUCCUGGGACUGAUUACGAAACUUGAAGUACCCCAGUCGACCAGUUCGUUUUAUUGUAUUAUCACAUUUCCUCCCUGCCGAUCACCUCUUAGGCAUCAUUUUUAGAUGGGUGUGCCUGCACCGCAUCACAUCAACUUUCAAGUGCAAGGUGAUGGCUCUUUCGCGCAAGCUGUUGUGUUUUGAAGAUGGAUCUUCGUGAAGUGCGUGCUAAUGAGUUGCGAAGUUUAUUAAAAAACUAUUAUACUGAAUGUAUUUUCAUGUAGUGUCCAACUGAUAUCCCCACAUUUGUUGCUUCGACACAUAAUCAUGCCUGACGGUUUUAUGGUUUCGCUGUCUGCAAUACAGUCUAUGACUCCAUUGAUUUAGAAUACCGUGAUGAAAUCCCACACGGGCAAUAGGCCAUUUUUAUGCUUGUUAAGCGGCAGUUUUGUGGAAACCUGAAGCUUCUGGCAUCUUUUUGAUGUAUGAAUCAUUUUUGUGAUCGAGUUAAAUAACAACCUUGAUGAAAUUAGCA